AUGAUUAUGUUUCCUCUUUUGGGGAAGAUUUCUCUGGGUAUUUUGAUAUUUGUCUCGAUAGAAGGAAACCGUCCAUCAUUAACAGUGCAGAGCCACCUGUCUUUAGAAGAGGCCCGAGAACCAAAGCGUGCGGUUUCUUUUCUAUCGCCCCAAGAAUCGACAGCCUCCGCUCUGCCUGCUAAAAGGAAACCGCUUUUGGACCCCAGGGAAGCUGAGAAACGUUCGUUACUGAGAAGGCGGCGAUCCGUGCUGUUUCCUCAUGGGGUAAAAGUCUGCCCGAAUGAAACGGUUACAGAGGCUGUGGCAAACCAUGUGAAAUAUUUUAAACUCCGAGUGUGCCAGGAGGCUGUCUGGGAAGCCUUCAAGACCUUCUGGGAUCGACUGCCUGGGAGCAAGGAAUAUCGUCACUGGAUGGAUUUGUGUGAGGGUGGAAUCACAAGUAUAUUUGAAAUGGGCACAAACUUCAGUCAGUCUGUGGAACACAGAAGGUUACUCAUGAAGAAACUGGUUCACACAAAGGAAAUGGUAAGCAGUUCCUGCCAAGAUCAAGCAUGUGGCCCUGAAUUGUCAUCUCCAGUUCCUAUUGGUGGCACCUCAACACUGGGAGGUGCUGUACACUCCUAUGAGGGUGCCUCUGAGAGUAGCUUGCAAACACCGGAGGAGAGUAUCAGCAAUGAAAUUCUGAGUGUUAUUGAAGAGCCCACAGAGCCAGCGGCUGAGCAGAUUGCAGAGUUCAGUGUCCGCCUUCUGGGGAAGCAGUACAAGCCCGAGCUGCGGGACCCCGCCAGCUCCCACCACAAGCAUCUUGCGGAAGAGUUUAUUUCAGAGGUUGAAAAUGCAUUUACUGGGUUACCAGGCUACAAGGACAUUCAUGUUCUUGAAUUUAGGCCCCCUCGGGGAAACGGCAGCGGCAUAGAUGUUCACUAUGAAGUCACCUUCAGUGGAGAGGCCAUCAGCAAUACUACGUGGGACCUAAUUAGCCUUCAUUCCAACAAGGUAGAAAACCACGGCCUGGUGGAGCUGGACGACAAGCCCACUGCUGUGUACACAAUUGGUAAUUUCAGAGAGCACAUUGCUGAGAUGCUGCACCAGAACCUUCUGGUAGGGAAUUCCUCCUUGAAUCCAGAUCCCGGCUCUCUUCAGCUUAUCAGUGUGAGAGGAGUUUUGCUUCCCGAAAAUGAAGACCUCGUUUGGAACACCCAAAGUUCAAGUCUUCAGACCACACCACCAUCUGUCCUGGAUAAUACCCUUCAAGCUGAAUGGCCCUCAGCAGAUGAACCCACCACGAGCAAUAUCGCACCACUUGGUUUCAGCUCUGGUCCUCCCUCGACCACUGACAGGGAGCUCUGGCCAGAGAGUCCUUUGGGUGAUUUAGUGUCUAUACCUAGAUUAGCCUUUCCCUCGGAGGUGGGCCUGAGUUCUUCCCCGGAGCCUUUAGAGGUUAGCAGCUUGACUCUUCAUUCUGUCACCCCAGCAGUGCUUCAGACUGGCUUGCCUGUGGCUUCUGAGGAGAGGACUUCUGGAUCUCACUUAUUAGAAAAUGGGUUAGCCAAUGUUGAAGAGGCAGAAGAUUUUCUUUCUGUGGAUCCAGUGCCUUCAAGUUCAUUCAUUCAACUUGUGCCAAAACGAACAACACCGUCCAUGGAAGACACUGGGGUGCCCCUGACAUCUUCACCAGAUCUGAUCUCUUCUGUUACCUUAGAUCUUUUUGCUAAGGAAGUAACUGUACCUUUUGGCUUUGACUUCUUGACCUCUGAAGUCAAAGACCAGUUAGAAGCAAGCCAUUUGUUCCCAGACACACCCAUGGAAAGAGAGUUCAUAUUUGAGAGUGGUUUAGGUUCUGGGUCUGGACAAAAGGUGGAUUUGAUCUCUUGGCCGUGGAGUGAGACUUCAUUAAAGAAGAGCACCGAACCACUGUCUAGGUCAUGGCUUGAAGAUGAGGAUUCACUUUUGCCAACUGAGGGUAUAGAUGAGAAACUUGUUAUAGAUAAUGAAACGGAUUACACAGACCAAACUAUUGAGCAUUCAAAGUAUAGGCAUGAUGAGAAACCCACAAACUUGGCAGAGGGAGAGCCCCUCGUGGAACCUACCUUGUCCAUCUUUGCAGUGUCUGUAAUUCAUUCUACAUCUCUAACUUUUCCCAAGCACAUUUCAGAGAUCCCCAGUGGUGAUUACCACUCAGUUACUGAAGCACCUUUUCUACUGACAGCUGCUUCUUCUGAUAUAACAGAUCAAGUGACUACCUUCCCAACCCAGGAUGUAGUGCAAACUACAGGGUCAUCUAGCCACGAAUGGUCUGACGGCAAGACUUCAGCAGUGAAACCAGAUCUGCAGCCUGUGCGGACCAUAUUUCCAGAAUCAGACAUAGCUCCUGCAAGAACUUCUUCCCUAGGGAAAUUGCCCAGAGACUCAUCGGCAAGCACACCACAGAGUAGUGACGGACUCUGGCUGAAAACUUCCGUGACGCAGUCCACCAAAUUGCCUCCGACCACAAGCUCCACCCCGCUGGAGGAUGAAGUCAUUCUGGGUGUGCAGGAUAUUUCAUUAGAACUGGACCGGGUAGGCACGGAUUACUAUCAGCCUGAGCUAAUCCCAGAGCAAAAUGGCAAGGUUGGUAGUUACGUGGAAAUGUUUACAAAUCUUCGCUCCACAGAGGUGGCUGUUUUGGCUCAGCCCACCAAAGAUGACUCGAGUCACGCCCGGACGGCAGGAGAUUUGGUCGUUUUCUUCAGCCUCCGAGUGACCAACAUGAUAUUUUCAGAAGAUCUAUUUAAUAAAAACUCUUUGGAAUAUAAAGCCCUGGAGCAAAGAUUCUUAGAAUUGUUGGUUCCUUAUCUUCAGUCAAAUCUCACAGGGUUCCAGAACUUGGAAAUUUUGAACUUCAGAAAUGGUAGCAUUGUGGUGAACAGCCGAAUGAAGUUUGCCAAGUCUGUCCCUCCAAAUGUCAACAAUGCUGUAUACAUGAUUCUAGAAGACUUUUGUACCACAGCCUACCAGACCAUGAACUUGGCCAUUGAUAAGUACUCCCUUGACGUAGAGUCAGGUGAUGAAGCCAACCCUUGCAAGUUUCAGGCCUGCAAUGAAUUUUCUGAGUGUCUAGUCAACCCGUGGAGUGGAGAAGCAAAGUGCAGAUGCUACCCUGGGUACCAGAGUGUGGACGACUUACCCUGUCAGAGUCUCUGUGACCUGCAGCCUGACUUCUGCUUGAACGAUGGAAAGUGUGACAUUAUGCCUGGGCAUGGGGCCAUUUGUAGAUGCCGCGUGGGUGAGAACUGGUGGUACCGAGGCGAGCACUGCGAGGAGUUCGUGUCCGAGCCUCUGGUCGUCGGCAUCACCGUAGCCUCUGUGGUUGGGCUGCUCCUGGUCUGUUCUGUCGUCGUCUUCUUCCUGGUCAGAGCUCUUCAGGCUCCACCUGGCAGGAGAGGAGGAGGGAGGCCAUUCAGCAGGCAGCCCGACAGCCUUUCCUCCAUGGAGAACGCGGUAAAGCACAACCCUGCAUUUGACAGCCACACGGCUGGAUGUGAGCAGUACGAGGAGCCCUAUCCCCAGCGCCCCUUCUGCAGCUCUGCCGGCGAAGAAGUGAUUGGUGGCCUGAGUAGAGAGGAAAUCAGACAGAUGUACGAGAGCAGUGGCCUUUCCAAAGAGGAAAUUCAAGAAAGAAUGAGAGUUUUGGAGCUCUAUGCCAGUGACCCUGAGUUUGCAGCUUUUGUGAGAGAGCACCAAAUGGAAGAACUUUAACCCAAGAACCUAUUCUGACACCGAUUAGAAGCCUGGAGAAGAUGGAGACCCCUUGUUACUCACACCAUAAAAUUAAUCUGGAUUUUUGAACAUUGUUGGAAGAAGACUUUUCUAUUAAAAAAGUAAAUAAAUGUGGAGCAUACAUUUGUCCUACCUUAAAUUUUCAGAAUGUACUAAGAAAUUUGGCAAUUUUUACUUCUAUAAAGACCAAGGAUUGUGUUUAAAGAAAUUCAGAACUACAUGAGUUCGUGAAAGUAUUAAGAAAAAACCCACACCUGGGAGUUCAGACUGCAAUUGCUUUUGCUUCUGAAUCUCUGAAAGUAUCUGCUAAGAACUGUGCCUCCGGUUUCCCAGUAGGAAAACAAGGUGAGACUACUGCAAGGAGAAGUCAGGCUUGGUAGUCAGGAUUUUGUAUCAUCUUUGUUAUUGAGCUGUGAUAGGGGAAGCCUUUGAAAUAACUUUAAUAUAGUUUAAAGUCAGACAUUCAUCUAAAUAAAAUGUUACUUUUUAAAACAAA